UCAUUUCCCCUUUUGUCCCUCUCCUUCAACAACAAAAAUGAAGAAACUGAUUAGACGUUUAUCGCGCGUGGCUGAUUCAUCGUCGAACUACUCUUUACUCCGUUCUGAAUCCAGGUCAUCAUCUCGUCCACGUAGACUCCAAUCAUUCCGUACUGGAAAACUCAGAUCCGGUACCGGAGUUCCUGAAGGACACCUCCCUGUUUACGUCGGCGAUGAAAUGGAGAGAUUUAUUGUUAGUGCUGAACUUCUUAACCAUCCCAUCUUUGUUGAAUUACUUAAUAAAUCCGCUCAAGAGUAUGGUUAUGAACAGAGAGGUGUUCUUCGUAUUCCUUGCCAUGUUCUCAUCUUUGAACGAGUACUUGAAGCUCUUAGGCUUGGCGAUGAUCUACAGGAUCUUAUUAAUGCUCUCUCUGAUGACUUGCUUUAGCAGUACUGUGUUCAAGAUAGAUUUUUUUUUUUUUUCUUUUUCUUUGCUAAGUACUAAACAGGGGAUUAGCAGUUACGUAGAGCAGAUCGAUCUCGACGAUAUACUAUUAGUUAAGAGAUCGUUUUUUUCUCCUUUUUUCCCUUUCUGAAAAUCGUGUAAAUAUUCUGUGAUGGAAAAAGGUGGAGGAGGAUUUCUGGAAAAUUAGAAACACGAAAAUGUGAUUGACAUAUACUACUUACUGUACAUUUUUGUUA